AUGGGAUGUGUGAAUAUCUUGUGUCCACCAAACAUUAUCGUGGCUGUCCAAAAUCAUGCGACACGACGACCAGAACUUUCAAUCAAUGCCUCAAAGCAAGACAAACUGGCAUCAACUGCCCUGAUCCUAAGGAUAUCCCACUUGGUCAAUCAACAUACCCUGAGCAAUGUCCAAACCAUCAAGAUGAGAGAUACAGUCGGCAUUGAGCUUGCUGCGAAUUAUAUCUCAGAUGAAAGCCUGCACAUGUUCAGCUGAAGCAACUUGGGACAACCAACACUGCUUGAUGAUCUUGCUGCAUGGAAUAGCAGAAACAUUAGGAAACUCCUUUCUUUUGAAAAGUACUUCCACUUGAUUGCUAGGGAUGUCUUCAUAGGGGCUGGUUUCUUGAAAAACCUCAUAAAGAGUUGACCCGAGUGCAAACAGAUCCAUAGCCACUGUAGGUGGGUCUCUCCAAUGUUGUGGGAGAUAGAAUCAAGUUCCCUCACCAGAGGCUGGUUUAGAUCUGUUUAGCAAAGAGCCAGAAAAGUCAAUAAUUUUGAUAUUGAGAGUCACAUCCAAGAGGAAAUUUUGUGGUUUGAUGUUGCAGUGGAUUAUGCCAUUACUAUGCAGGAGAGAGACAGCUUGUGCAAUUUGGUAUGCCCACUUCAACUUCAGGCUCAUCAGAAUCAAGCUUCAAGCUUGAAUAUAUGUUUUGAGAUCACUGUUUUUCAUGUACUCAAGAAUAAGGCCAUCCCUGGAGUGACCCAAUAUCUGUACCAGCCUUUCAUGUGGGCCAACGCAAUGAUAGAUACUGGCUUCUUUGGCAAUGUCCAGGAUGUGGUUUUCCAUUUCAGCAUCAGGAAAUGGUGAUUUGAGGACAGUACCAUCAUCAAGGAGUUCCACAAUUCCAGUUAGCCCACCAGAGAUAAAUUGUCCUUGAGCAUCCCUGCUAAUGGUUUCAACCUUUCCGUGUCCAGUUUCAUUUGCUUUGUAAUUGUAUUGAGGUCCCUAUUGUAAGUUGGUCAGGAAGGUCUUGCAAUAGAAAGGGAUGCUCAACUUAGACCACUUCAAUAUCAUGACAAGUGGGCCAGUGGAUCAGGCGUGACAAAGAAGAAAUCAACGCAAUCUCUAUCCAGUUCUUGAGACUAAAACAUACUGACAGGCAUUGCCACAGUGUCUGCAACAAGAGCAUAAAAGCCAUUUGAAACGUGGCGGUUGUCGGUGAUACUGCAUUGGCGAAGACCAUCACAAUUCUCGCGCAAAA